AUGACGAGUGGAGAUUUGCCUUUCCAAUAUGACAUCGGAAAAAGAAGGAAUUAUGAAGGGCGUGGCCAGGAAGUGCAAAUUCAGAACAUCAAAGCAUAUGUUUGUCAACCUCCUUCUGAUACAAACACAGCUGUGAUUUUGGUUCAUGACAUAUUUGGGUGGCAAUUCCCAGACACAAGAUACGUUGCUGAUAUAAUUGCUUCCAAAGGAUACACAACCAUCUGUCCAGAUUUUUUUCUGGGAAAGGUACCUUGGACACCUAAUGAUCAUUGGCAGAAUUUUGGAGACUGGUUAAAGGAUCGAGAUCCCAUGAAAGUGGACAAGACAGUCGAUGCAGUCCUGAAAUAUUUAAAAGAGCAGUGUAAUGCCAUCAGGAUUGGUAUCGUUGGAUUUUCCUGGGGUGGAAUGGCUGUACAUCACGUGAUGCUAACAAAUCCUGAAUUAAAGGCUGGAGUCUCCCUUUAUGGAAUUAUUAGAGAUUCUGAAACUAGAUAUGAUUUACUGAAUCCAACCUUUUUCAUUUUUGGUGAGAAAGAUCAUACCAUUUCUCUUCAACAGAUCUCUUUGCUGGAGGAAAAGCUUAAAGAACAUUGUAAAGUAAAUUAUAAAAUUAAAGUAUAUCCUGAACAAGUUCAUGGUUUUGCACAGUGUAAGCCCGAAGACAUGAAGCCGAAAGAUGUGCCAUAUGCCGAAGAAGCAAGAAUGGAUUUAAUAGAAUGGCUGAACAGAUACAUUAUGUUUUAAAGUGACAUAUCCCAUAGUCC